AUGAUCAUGAUGAUGGUGAUGAAGAUGUACAUAAAGAUGAAGAUGAUGAAGUUUGAUGAUGAUGAUGAUGCUGCUGCUGGUGAACACGAGAUCGUCAUAAAUAAGACGCAAACUGUGAGCGGGCAGGUAUCUGAACUUCACCACCAUCCUCUGCGAGUCUCCAUGGCAGCUGCUGCCAAAAACUUGUUCUAUACCUACGAAGUGGUCCAGGAAGAGGACGCAGAAUACAACGCCUCGGAAGUCAUAGCAGCUGCAGAGAAUGAAUGGAGACUGACGAUGAUGAGCCCGCUGGAGGCCGAUGAGUUCAAGCCAAGGCAGCCAGCAGAGGCUCCACCUGUGGUGCCGAUUGUUCCCGAGCCAGUGCCAGUGUUCCCUGCCAAUAACACAGCGCUGGCAAUACCGUCUUCGACAUCGUUCAUAUCGCCCGCCUUCAACAUCACGACCUACCAGCCAGGAGUUCGAAUACUGCACAUUGCCCCCCGGUCGUUCCUGCCGUACCACGACUCGAUCUCUGGGCAGCCACAUAUCCUCCACUUGACAGUGCGAGGCCUCCUGGAGACCAUCAGCUCCUGUGUCGUCCGCUUCGGCGAUGUGGAUGCAAAUGCGACGAGGGUGGCCAACUCGUCUCUGAUCGAAGCCAUCGUCCCGCCGGCGUCGACCAACGUCACGGUGCCCAUUCACAUCUUCUGCGGUCAGGAGUUGCUGCAAGUCACCUACCCUCAGACCUGGAACUUUCGCUACGUGUUCCUGCCAGAAGUCCACGCAGUCGACCCCGAUGAGGUCGAGGCGCAGAGUCGGGAGUGGCUGACACUCCAUGGCCGAUACUUCGAGGACUACCCAGGCCGAUCUUGCCUAAUCGGCGGCGAGCUGAUUCAGAACGUGGCGGUGCGCUGGAUGAGCCCGAACAUGGUGCAGUGCCGCAUGCCCCUCUGGAAGCAGGAAGUCGUCGCGGUGAACACCUGGGUUCGCAUUUGGGCUGCGUGGUACACUUUUUCGAUGGAAGAGUUGUCUUUGUUGGUAUUUGGCGGUCCGGACAAAGGCGUGGUGUAUGUGGCCGAGCCGUGGAACAUCACCCUCUAUGGCUACAACUUCAUCCCUGGCCUUCAGUGCCUUUUCAACGACUAUGUUCGGGCGGAUCCGUUCCACCUGCAGCACGAGCAGCUAACCUGCGAGAUGCCGCCAGAAUUUGUGAAAGUGGGUGUCGGAAACAUCACCGUCCGUUUGGUGAUGCGGCGUGACUUCGCGCGACAGACGAAGUAUGUGCUGGAGGAGCGAAGCUUCUCCAUCGCCUUGGACAAUCGACCACCACCUGCGACGGUCCAGCCAGCGGACUACCACCACAAGGAAGAUGAGGACGAGGAGCACGAGCCGACGGAGUUCCGGAGGUACAACGGAAACUUGCGCCCACCCUCUGAAGACGAGCUGCCGCCGGAGAGACCGAAGGUUCAGAAUGCAGUGAAAACGGGGUCGCGCCUCAGCGUGUUCCGGAUGCACACGGUGCGAAUGGAGAUCGUAUAA